AUGUUCAGCCGACUCAUUAGGCCGGGCGCUCUGCGCGCGGCUUCGCUUCAGACACCUUCCUCCGCCCUGCGCUUCCAGGCUCGUGGCCUGCACCGUAUCCCUCAAUUGCAGCAUGAUGCCUAUUACAAGGAGAAUGGCAUUCCAGAGCUCAUGUCCCCCGAGGCUUUCGACUUCUCCUGGACCCAGUACCAGACUCUUCUGGUGGACAAGCUCAACCUGUUGACACAAGACACCGUCGAUGCGGACGCCAAACCCGGAGAAUUGCUGGUCAAGUACUCCAAGCGCCCGGAAAUGGCCUCGGUCUUCAACUAUGCCUCCAUGGCUCACAACAACCACUUCUUCUUUAACUGCCUGUCCCCUACUACCACCAAGAUUCCCGAGAAGUUCGCUAAGGACAUUGUCGACACCUGCUCCUCCGUCGAAUCCCUGAAGAUGGACUUCCUGGCCACCGCCAACGCCAUGUUCGGCCCCGGCUUUGUCUGGCUCGCUAAGAACCUUGAGCGCGAGGGCCUAAUGCAGAUCUUCUGCACCUACAACGCCGGUUCGCCCUACCCAGCCGCCUACUCCCGGCGGCAGCCCGUCGACAUGGCUACACACUCCCCCGACGCACCCCUCGGCAACCAAUUCGCCGGCUCAAUGGGUGCCCAUGCACAGAACCAGAAGAACCUUGCCCCCGGUGCCAUUGAUGUGCAGCCCAUUCUGUGCGUCAACACCUGGGAACACGCGUGGAUGAUGGACUAUGGCAUUGCUGGAAAGGAAGAGUACCUCGAGCGGUGGUGGGAUCGGAUUAACUGGGACGUGGUGUUUGACAACUACAACGCGAUCAGCUCCGUGAAGGGCGCGCGAAGCACGGCCAGCCGGGACCGCAGUCUGAGCAUGUUUUAA